UUAGUGGGCAAAUGCAAAAUUCCCGUUUCAUGCCUCAACUUAUUUCGCAAUGAUCACAACAUGAUCUACAUAAAGAAAAAAUAUUAACACAAUCUCCACAAGCAAUUUGUACAACGAUAAUAGCCUGCAAGCAAUAACCCAUCCAUCUCCCAUACUUGAAACUUGUAAUUAAUGUAAUCCUGGAGUGCAAUAUUUUGCUUAUAAAUACACCAUUUUCCCAUGAGAUUGAAGACAACACAUUUCGUCGAAAAUGUGGAGAAAGAGUUUGGGUUUUGUGUUAGUGUUUGCAAUUGCAGGUAUUUUAAUGGGCAAAGGAGGCGAGGCGAGGCGGGUGAGAGGUGGUGGGUUUGUGGAGACAAGAGGCAGGCAGUUUAUGAUGAAUGGAAAGGCCUUCUUUUUCAAUGGCUUCAAUUCUUAUUGGUUAAUGUACAUGGCUUCGGAUCCUUCCACUAGGGUUAAGGUGACAGAAACCUUUGCGCAGGCUUCUAAAUAUGGAAUGAAUGUGGGCAGGACAUGGGCUUUCAAUGAUGGAGGUUCUAAGCCCUUGCAAAGCUCUCCGGGCUCAUAUAACCAGGAUAUGUUUAAGGGAUUGGAUUUUGUGGUAUCGGAAGCCCCAAAACAUGGGAUUCAUCUCAUCUUCACAUUGGUCAACAAUUGGGAUGCUUAUGGAGGUAAAAAGCAGUAUGUUCAGUGGGCUAGGGAGCAAGGCCAGUCUUUGAACAAUGAUGAUCAUUUUUUCACUAAUUCUAUUGUUAAAGGCUACUUCAAAAAUCAUAUCAAGGCAGUGCUCACAAGAAACAAUUCAGAAACUGGCGUAGCUUACAAAGAUGAUCCGACCAUACUUGCAUGGGAGCUCAUGAACGAACCCCGUAGCCAAUCGGACCUCUCUGGAAAAGCUAUUCAAGAUUGGGUGGUGGAAAUGGCAGCUCAUGUGAAAUCCAUAGACAAGAAGCACCUGGUGGACAUCGGAUUGGAAGGAUUCUACGGCGAGGAGAAGAAGCAAAACAAUCCCGGCGGCGUCCGACUGGGCACCGACUUCAUCUCCAACAACCGCAUUCCUCAAGUCGACUUCGCCACCAUUCAUCUUUACCCCGACCAAUGGCUCCCCGGCGCCGACGAGCAGGCGCAGGCGGAGUUCGUGCGCAAGUGGAUGCGAUCGCACGUGGAUGACUCGCAAACGGCGGUGGGGAAGCCGUUGGUGGUGGCGGAGUUCGGCAAGUCAUCCAAGUCGGCGAACUUCAGUGUGGGGUCAAGAGAUGGAUAUUUUUGGGGAAUUUAUAACGACGUUUACAAGUGCGCUGCGGGUGGGGGGCCUUGCGGUGGAGCAUUGUUUUGGCAACUCAUGGCUUCGGGCAUGGAGAGUUGGAGCGAUGGUUAUGAAGUCGUCUUGCAAAAUAGUCCAUCCACGGCUGCUCUUAUUUCUCAGCAGUCACGUCGAAUCUCGUCCCUCCGUUCAAACGAAUAGCCAAAUUAUUUGGCCUCAAUAUACGAUUCAUAAUUCUAUUAUAACCGACUCGCAAUAUUUGGCCUGACUUCUUUUCAAUAAGAAAAGAAUGUAAUUUUGAGAUAAAAAUUAAAUAAAAUCAAAACAAACAAACUGUAUGAGUCCUCAAAUGGACACCAAGCGGUGCGACCUCCUGUGUGUAAACAGUGAGGUUUCGAGUUCAAACCCCCUCCCCUAUGAAAUAUAGUUUUAUUUUUUAUUGAGAAUUUUAAUUUGAUUAAUUAUUAA